GUUUCGCCAUUGUUUUGAUUGUGCAACCCCCAAGACGUGAGGUUUAACACGGGCGAGAAUUUCCCUUAUUUUAACCUCUCCUGGAGGCUUUGGGGGUUAUUUAUCUGCCUUGUCCACACGUUGAGGAUCGAGUUUUUGUUACUUCGGCUGUAUUGAAGCGUCGAAAUGGCAGGAGAAGGUAGACAGAUGCCCAAGUUGGACUUACAGAAGGACAUACCAAAGCUCAGCCAAGCACAACUUGAUUACAUGAAGAUCGUUGAGAAUCAGAACAUACAGAGAGUCCAGAAACUGGCACUGCAAAGACGAAACAACAUUGCAGUGGGUUGUCUCCUUGGCGCAGGCGUUCUGGGAAUUUACGCGUACUCCAUCUACUCUGUCAAGCAAGAGAAAUUCCUGGACGAGCUGGAGUGACACUCACCUGCUUGCGAAACUAGAGCUAUGGGAUUGUACUCUCCUUUUCAGGGCACUUGGGCAAUGCAGUAAUUGGUCAUUAUAUGUGGUCAUUUUACUACUCUUUAGGGAAAAUGGAAGUGGAGUCAUGAUUUUUUCUGUCGCGUCAUUACAGAGAGCAGUGGGGUUAGUCUAUUUUCCUGCAUUUUGUAAGAAGAAAUGUUGGAAUUAUGUAUUGGUUUUAAAUUUUUUAAAAAGUUCAUGGUCACCUUGAGUAUUUGAAUAUAGUGUUUUUGAAAUUCAGGGUCCUUUUAUACCUCUUUCAAGUCUGAAAUUAAUGCUAAUAGGGUUCCAUAAUUAUAUUGAAGGUACUUGUUGAUAGACUUGAGGUACUCUGUAAUUGUUGACGGCAUUAUAUAGUAGUAUAGGUAUUUAAGAAUAUAUAUAUUUGUGUAUGACAGCUUCCUAUGUUAAUUAUGUUAAUUUGUAGAUGAUGGGCAACCACAUCAGUGAAUUAUAAAUGUGACUGUAAAUAAACGUUUUUCUUAAGAAAA